AUCUAAUCAGCCAAAGCAUCUUACCAACCAUCACAGAAAUGGCUUAAUAAUACUUCCAUUUGCUAACCAUCACUUGAGCUUGAGAGCUUAAGAAACCAUAUCACCUAUCUCUCCCUAGCCAUUUCAUAGGUUUCUUCCAUUGCAGGUAGAGACUUCAGAGAGAGAGAGGGCAAUGCAAGGUUGCAGCUUUGCAGCCAUGGAGGAGUUCACCUUCCCCUGCGUCGCACUGGAGCAAUGCAACGGCGCCAAGAAGCCGCCUUUCUCGCCCCACUUCGCCUCCCCGCCGCCGUGGUUCGGCGGCGGCGACGUCGUCGGCGCUGUGGCGGCGGCGUACGAUCACCGGAGGAGCUUCUCGGCCGCCGAGAAGGGCGGCGGCGAGGAAGCCGACGCGGGGGGAGGAGGAGGAGCAGGGUGGCAGUACUACUACGACGGCGGCGGCGGCGGCCAUGGCUCCGCGAGGUUCGCCGGCGAGGAGGAGACGACCAAGAUGGACAUGCUGUGGGAGGACUUCAACGAGGAGCUCUCCCGCGCGGCGGCGGCCCCGCCGUGCCCGCUGAGCAAGGAGUGGACCAAAGAGGCCUGGCUCGCCGGCGACGGCACCCCCGAAAUGCGCCGCCACGCUGCUGCUGCUGCUGCGGCGGCGGCCUCCGGCAGCGUGGUGCGGCGGCGGAGGCUGAGCCUGCUGAUGAUGCUGAAGCUGCUGAAAAAGCUCUUCUUGGCGCACAAAUCCAACGCUGCCUCGAGGAAGGCGCCGCCAAUCUGAAUUUCUGAUUGAUCUUUGGAUGCAAACAGAAGCAGUAGAUUGCAUGCAUAAUAUACCAGGUGUAUGUAUAUAUCGAUCGAUCUAUAUAUUCUUCAUAGUUAAUGGCUAUGGUUCUUGAUCCUUCCUUUCUUGUUCUUCCACUCCUUUGUUUGGCUGAUGAAUGUUCAGGGUUUUGUUUUUUAAAAAUUUCUUGUAUGGGUGGUAAUUCAGAGUUUGAUAAUCUGACCCUGCUCCUUUUUUUUUUGGGUAAUGCCCAUGGUUUUGGCGUCUGUUUUGAUACUUUGAUUGCUGAUCAACUGCCAGAACAUACUGAAAUGAAGGAAGCCAUUCUGGGUUUCUGCCUGAACUAGGCAUGAUCAAGCUCAUUAUGCAUUUAUUUUGGAUGGAAUCAUCUUGCCAACU